AUGGAUAUCGUUCUUUUGUGGACGCAGAAGCCAUAUUCGGCCAUCACUCUUCACAUUGACAGACUCACAAGUGAAGAAUAUGACAUCGACGACUCGAGUGGGGUCGUAGACCUAAUCGAAGUGGUCCGUCUACAAGCGACAGGUCCAAGUGAGGCCAGUAGAGCCCUACGGAAGAAAUUGAAAUAUGGAUCCGUGCAUCGCCAGUUAAGGGCUCUUACAAUCCUAGACUUCAUUUUCCAGAACACUCCCACCAGAUAUCUCCGCGGCUUCACCGAUGAGCCACUCCUCGAACGUCUCCGAGUCGCAGCCACAGAUCCUGUUUCAGACCAAGAAGUUAAGGACAAAUGCAGGCAACUGUUUUUGCAGUGGUCCUCCUCCUUCAAUGGAGUGGCCGGUAUGGAACGGAUUGCUACCCUUCACAAACAACUCCCGCAACGGAAAAAGCCGAUGAACCGACAGCAAUCCAAAGUCCUCAAGGAAACUGAAGCGCAAUCCGAAUCGCCAAUAGGCCAUUCCGUAUCCAUUUCUGCAGGCAAUGGACCCGCUACUAUUUUGUCGUCUCCCACAUCUUCAAAGACUUCUAGACCAAGUCGAUCGAGUAUCUCCAAGAUAGCGAAAGACAGGUCCCAUCGCGGAAAUCCAUUCAAUCUUGAGAAAGAGAGGCCAGAAAUUAUGCGAACCAUUGCAUCUGCAUCUGUGGCAGGAACUAAUCUCCUGAAUUCGCUUAAACUGGUCAACCGCGAGAAUCAACGCGUGAGUGAGAACACAGAAGUAAUGAGUCAAUUCGAUUCUUGCAAAAAUCUGCGACGACAAAUAUUGAGAUAUAUCCAACAUGUCGAAAGCGACGAGUUUCUAGGAAGUCUCAUUCACGCAAAUGACGAGCUAGUAAAUGCGCUUAUGGCCUUUGAAGUUCUCGACAAAAGUGUCGAUGAUGAUAGUGACAGUGAGAGCGAAGGCGGAAGGGGCAUUGACGACGGGUUUGCGGGGCUUGACCUUGAUGGGUCUACCAAGCCUCCUCCGCGGCCUGCAAAACCCACCAACUUCUCGUACAGUGCCCGAUCAUCGGCAGCACACGGCAAACAACGGGAAUCAGAUAGUCUCAGUGAAGAAUCAGAAGAAGAGGAAGACGAUGAUGAAGACAAUCCGUUCGGGGACAGGAAUGCAGUAAAGACUCCCGGCAUUGAACAGUCUGGACUUACUUGGCGAGAAGUUUGA